AUGGCCAGGUCAGUGAAAUAUGAAUUGAGCGCUAGCAGGGCUGGUUUUGAAGCGGCCGUUACCCCCGCCUCUGCUUCUGAAAGCAACGAAGAACGUAGAGAUCUUCGUUCUCGCUACCAGUCCGUGAAGAACUUUAUUCACGAUGACAGCGAAGACAUAACAAGCCCUAACACUGAUAAGUUUGAUUUGAUCUUUAGAGAUGUGGAGAGCUUACAUCAACGAGUUAGAAAACCCAGAGAACAAGUGGCUGAUGCAAAAGCACUUCUGGACAUCACCGAGUGCUUGGUAUCGUCUGUGAAAGCUCACGUCAAUGAUGGAUUAACUCCUUCAGACUUUGUCUUGCAUAUCCUGAACGAAUUUGGAGAACGAUGUGAAUCAAAUGCUAGCGCUCAGGACUGCAGGAACUCAAUACGAUGGAGGGAUCUUGGAGUUGCUGUAUCAGGUGUUUUCAAAGGAGUUACUGGGUGCAGCACCAUGAUUGGCCCCAUGGAUACUGAAAUAAAUCAGAGAAAGACAGUUAAUCGAAGAAAGCGAAUGAGAUCAACUCAAAUUGCUCGGCCAGAAGAGCUUGAUGGUUGUUCAACGGAAAGGAUAGUUGAUACGGAUGAAAACAUGUCAACCAUGUUUAAUAUCUUGAGGGAAAACAGAGUUGUCAAACUUGAAAAUUUGGUAUUGAAUAGGAACUCUUUUGCCCAGACAGUGGAGAAUUUAUUUGCUCUUUCGUUUUUAGUCAAAGAUGGAAGGGCCGAGAUAAAAAUGAAUGAGAAUGGAUGGCAACUAGUUUCACCAAGAAACGCUCCUGCUGCAACAGAAGUUCUUUCCGGGGAAGUUGCUCACAGCCACUUCGUCUUCCGAUUUGACUUUAAAGAUUGGAAGCUGAUGACCCGCACUGUUGGGAUUGGUGAGGAGAUGAUGCCGCACAGGAAGACAACCAUCAUCUGAUUCGACGGCGGCAGCAGCUCUGGAUGUUAUUAUUAACAGAUGGCCAAGUGUUGCUUGACUCGCCAGUUUGACUUUUAGCAAAUUGGCAAUGGAAAACUGAUAAUGGAGGCCAAGGCAUCGGUGAUGCUGGUGAACGUGUGCUGUCCACAGAUUUUUACAUCUUGGUUUCUAUUUUGUUUUAGUUUUGCACUGUCCUCAGUAAUAGCCACCCUUUGUUGGGAAUGCAUUAUGUAUAUCCGCACCAUUCACCAUCAUGUACGUGUGUUAGAAGUUAUAAAUAUGGUCCAGUAGUUCGAUAU